CCGCGCGCCGCGGAGCGCUGGGAGCUGAUGCUCGCGUGCACCGCCGGGAGAGGCACCCGCACCGGAACGGGGGUCACCGGCCCCGCCGCGCCACCAUGCAGGUCUCCAGCCUCAACGAGGUGAAGAUUUACAGUCUCAGCUGCGGCAAGUCCCUUCCCGAGUGGCUUUCCGACCGGAAGAAGAGAGCACUACAGAAGAAAGAUGUCGAUGUCCGUAGGAGAAUUGAACUUAUUCAGGAUUUUGAAAUGCCUACUGUUUGUACCACUAUUAAGGUGUCAAAAGAUGGACAAUAUAUUUUAGCAACCGGAACAUAUAAACCUCGGGUUCGAUGCUAUGACACCUAUCAAUUAUCCUUGAAGUUUGAAAGGUGUUUAGAUUCAGAAGUUGUCACUUUUGAAACUUUGUCUGAUGACUAUUCAAAGAUUGUCUUCUUACAUAAUGACAGAUACAUUGAAUUCCAUUCACAGUCAGGGUUUUACUACAAAACCAGAAUACCGAAGUUCGGGAGAGAUUUCUCUUACCAUUAUCCAUCCUGUGACUUGUACUUUGUUGGCGCAAGCUCUGAAGUUUAUAGAUUAAACUUGGAGCAAGGACGCUACCUAAAUCCUCUACAAACUGAUGCUGCGGAGAAUAAUGUGUGUGACAUAAAUUCAGUGCAUGGCUUGUUUGCCACAGGAACAAUAGAGGGUCGAGUGGAGUGCUGGGACCCACGAACUCGAAGUAGAGUUGGCCUUUUAGACUGUGCAUUAAGCAGCGUCACAGCAGAUUCAGAGAUAAACAGCUUACCAACAAUCUCUGCGUUGAAAUUUAACGGUGCCUUGACCAUGGCAGUUGGAACAUCCACAGGGCAGGUUUUAUUAUAUGAUCUUCGAUCUGAUAAACCAUUGCUAGUAAAGGAUCACCAAUAUGGGCUGCCCAUUAAGUCAGUUCAUUUCCAGGAUUCAUUAGAUUUGAUUUUGUCUGCAGACUCACGAAUUAUCAAAAUGUGGAAUAAGAACUCAGGGAAAAUCUUUACUUCCUUGGAGCCAGAACAUGACAUUAAUGACGUCUGCCUCUAUCCCAACUCAGGAAUGCUUCUGACUGCCAGCGAGACCCCCAAGAUGGGCAUCUAUUAUAUUCCGGUUUUGGGUCCUGCUCCCAGGUGGUGUUCCUUCUUAGACAACUUGACAGAAGAAUUGGAAGAGAAUCCAGAAAGCACGGUUUAUGACGAUUACAAAUUUGUCACCAAGAAAGACCUGGAAAAUUUAGGCCUCACACAUCUCAUUGGCUCACCUUUCCUCCGGGCGUACAUGCACGGGUUUUUCAUGGACAUAAGACUCUAUCACAAGGUGAAAUUGAUGGUGAACCCAUUUGCUUAUGAAGAAUAUAGGAAGGACAGGAUCCGGCAGAAGAUCGCAGAAACCCGCGCUCAGAGAGUCCAGUUAAAGAAAUUGCCAAAAGUUAAUAAGGAGCUGGCACUUAAAUUAAUUGAGGAGGAGGAGGAGAAGCAAAAAUCAACAUGGAAAAAGAAAGUUAAGAGUCUUCCUAAUAUUCUCACCGACGAUCGAUUUAAAGUUAUGUUUGAGAACCCUGACUUCCAAGUAGACGAAGAGAGUGAAGAAUUUAGGCUUUUGAAUCCACUUGUUUCGAAAAUGAGUGAAAAAAGGAAGANUCAGCUUAGGAUUGCUUCUAACUAUUUUUACUUUCAGGAAGAGGAGGAAGAACCGGAAGGAAAACCAAGUGAUGCAGAAAGUUCUGAGAGUUCAGAUGAUGAAAAAGACUGGGUCGAAGAGGUCAGGAAACAGCGCAGACUUCUCCAGCAGGAGGAAAGAGCGAAGCGGCAGGAACGGCUCAGGGAGGAUCAGCAGACGGUCCUCAAGCCCCAGUUUUAUGAGAUCAAAGCGGGCGAAGAAUUCAGAAGCUUCAAAGAUUCUGCCACGAAGCAGAAGCUGGCCAAUAAAACCCUGGAAGAUCGGUUGAAACUUGAAGCAAAAAAUGGCACGUUGAGUGUGUCAGAUACCACGGUUGGCAGCAAACAGUUGACAUUCACAUUAAAGAGGUCCGAACAGCAGAAGAAGCAACAGGAGGCGGAGAAGCGGCACCGGCAGGAAAGGAAAGCCCUCCGUCGCUCAGCCAGUCACCUGAGGUCCAGACACAGGAGAGGACGGUCGUUUCACUGAGUCUGGGAGCGCCCCGAUGCACGACAGGAAGCAGCAGGCCUCCCCCAGACCGACCACCAUGAGAGCACGUGGGACACAGACGGGACCACACAUGUUAAAAGUCCCGUGACAGUGCUUGAUAUAGCGAAGGAAAAGAUCUGGCACCUCGUCCCUUUGCCUUCUGGGUCAGACUUCGAAACCCGCCCCCCCCCCCCCAACACGCUGGGCAGAGCGUCAUCCCAAGGGCACUUUCUGCAAGUUGUUGCUCCCCAAAACAUCAUCCUCUUCCCUCGGUUUUAAAUAAGUAAACCAGGUGGUGGUUUUUCUAUAUCGUGAAAUGUGUACCAUGAGAUGCUAAAAAUGAAGAUUGAUCAUGGUCUGGGAACUUUCUCCUUAUAGUACCUGCUGCCGUUCACAGUUCAGCCACCCAGAAACUCCGUUCCUGCCCUACCCGUGGGUAGUCUUGGCCGUGUUCGUGUUUGUAAGUGUAUGUUGGUAGGUCAUUGCUUGUUUGUGUGUUUGAUAUUUUUUAAAAAAAUAUUUUUAUACCAAGAAUGUAUAAAUUAAUGGUAAUAACCUAAAAUAAGAAAUGGAAACUAUACGUGACACAAGGUUAAAUACAGAUACUUUCCUGUUCCUGAAGUGCAGUUAGAGAUAAACUGGCUGGAGAAAACAUUUAUAAAAAUAAAUAUUUUCAUUUGAACAA